AUGAACCGGUCGCUUAAUCUGAAGAUUAAAUAUUUCCUUCCAAAAAAAAAAAAAAUUCUCUCCUUUUUUACUCACCUUCCACUGCUCCUUACACUCCUUACUCUCUUUCCAUUUCUCCUUGCUCUCCUUAGUCUUUCUAGCAAUCUUUGCACAUAUUCUCUAUUUCUAAUUAUUCUCUUUACUUUAUUUCCGUCUCUCCUUAUUCUCCUUAUACAUUCUCUCUAUCACAUUUUACUCGCUCUUUUUUACUCGCCCUUCAUCGCUCUUUACUCUCAUUUCAUCCCGCCUUCCUGUCUAUGCACUCUCUCACUAUCAAUUUUCAUCUCUGCUUGGUCUGCUUACUCACACAAUUCAUAUUUUUUUACUCUCCCUCCAUCUCUUCUUUCUCUUCGUGUUUCCAUUACAUCCUUCCUUUCUUUCUUUUUUUUUUCACUCACUUUAUCAUUAUUUACUUUCUUUUCAUACUUACCCUCCAUCUUGCUUAACUCUCCUUACUCACUUUUCAUUGUUUUUACUCACUCUCUCUAUCACUACUUACUCUCCUUUCUGAAUCUCCUUAUUCUCGGCUUACUCCGUAAAAAACUAACUCUCAUUCCUUCUCCCAUUGUUAAUUCUUUCGUCUCUCUUUACUCUCCCUUCUUAUACGACUUACUCUCCUUACUUACUCUCUUCGCCAUCUCUCUCUCCCUGACUUCCAUAUGCUCUCUUUUUAUAUGA